AUGGCCCCUUCGCUCGUUACCAUCGGCACUGCUGCCUUGGCCUUGGCUGGUGAUGUUGCUGCCAAGAAGUUUUCUCUGGCCGAUACGUACGACUCGACCAACUUCUUCAGCAAGUUCACCUUCUUCGAGAGCAAUUACAACACCUCGAACUACAACGACGUCGAUCCAACUUCGGGCUACAUCAACUACCGCUCCCAGGCGGAUGCCCAAGCCCUGGGUCUCGCGUCCACCGCCGGUGGCGAGAUCUACCUGGGCCUCGACGCCAAAAGUAUCACCCAGUUCCCUGGUGUUGGUCGUUCCAGUGUGAGACUUGAGAGCAAGGAAGUCUACAACAAGGCUCUGAUUGUCGCUCGCUUCUCCCACUUGCCCAAGCCCGUCUGUGGUGCUUGGCCUGCCUUCUGGUCGUACGGUUCGCCUUGGCCCACCAAGGGAGAGCUCGAUUGGUUCGAAGGCUGGAACCUUAACAAGGUCAACAAGCCCGCCGCUCACACCUACAAGUCCUCGGAACAAGGCCAGUGCCUCAUCAGCUCGACUGGCCAGACUGCCCAGGUGGACACGCCCAACUGUGAUCAGGAGGCGCCCAACCAGUAUUCCAACCAAGGUUGCACAACCUCGACCACCUCCUCUGACCCCUACGGCUCCUCUGAUGGCGGCGUCUACGCUGUUGAGUGGACCGACGAUUACAUCAAGUUCUUCUCCUGGCGAUGGGGCUCGGUUCCGGACAACGUCAACUCCGACUCCCCUGACACCGCGACCUGGGGCACUCCCAGCAUGCUGAUCGCCAACGAUGCCUGCAACAUCAACAGCCACUUCAAGGACCAGAGACUCGUCAUUAACAUCGGCAUGUGUGGUGUGCUUGCCGGAAAUGAUGGCGUGUGGGGUAGCGAAUGCAAGGCCGCCACAGGCCAUGCUGUUUGUUCUACCUACGCCGCUACGAAUCCAUCGGCUUUCAGCGACACCUACUUCAAGGUCAAGGAUAUCCGCAUCUUCAAGGAGGGCGGACAGACUUCCUCUACUGUCUCUUCCUCUGUCUCUUCCACGGCGUCCUCGUCCGCUUCUUCCUCCGCCUCCGCCUCCGCAUCUGCCAGCCAGUCUUCUUCCGCCAGCGCAUCGGCUUCUAGCCUCUCUGCCACCGAUUCUGCUAGUGCCAGUGCCACUGCGUCUGCUUCGGUCAGCGGCUCCGCCUCUGCUCAAGCCUCAGGCUCUGUCUCAUCUGCCGCCGCUUCAGGCUCUGCCACAGCCUCUGGCUCUGCCGCUACUUCCGGAUCUGCUGUUGCCCCUGGCUCUGCUUCCUCCGACAUUGCUUCCGCUUCCGCUUCCGCGUCCGCUUCUGCUUCUUCCCAGGCAUCCGGCGCCGGGUCCAGCGGAGCUUCCGUCUCUUCUGCUGCUGCCUCUGCUUCCGGCUCUGUCACCGACGCCGGCACUGGUACCGUCUCUGGAACCGCCAGCACGUUCUCGAUCAUCACCAACAACUGGAAUCAGACUUCCGUCAUCCCCGCUCCUACUCCCGUUGUCUCUUCGUCCUCCGUCGUCCAGUUGACUACCUCAACAGUCUUCACCACCCAGGUUUCCACUGUGACCUCUUGCGCCCCAACCGUCACAAACUGCCCAGUCGGCGCCGUCGUGACCAAGACCAUUGCCCUUUACACUACCGUUUGCCCUGUCACCGUCGCGGUCAAGACUACCUCCGCCAAGGGCAAUGGCAAGGCUUCAACCAAGGUGAACAAGAGCAACACCACGAAGGCCACCACAAAGGUCAACAAAAACACCACCAAGCCCACCACCAAGACGACCCCCCCUGGCGUCAGGACCACCGUCCUCACCAAGACCUACACCAUCACUAAGUGCCCGUCUUCCGUCCCCAACUGCCCUAUCGGCAGCGUGACUACGAAGGUCACCACCAAGGUCAUCAGUCCCACGCCCAAGACAAACGGAGGCAGCAACAACAAGGUCUCUACCAAGGUCUACACCACGACUUACACCAUCACCAAGUGCCCUGCCUCCGUUCCCAACUGCCCCAUCGGCAGCGUCACGACCAAAACCGUCACAAAGGUCACGACCCCCGGUGUUCCGGCCACCCCCAAGACCACCCCCGCGACCAAGGUCACCAAGGUCAUCACUGUCAGCACCGCUCCUGCCAAGACCACGGGCGGCAGCAACACGAACAAGAGCAACAACAGCAACACUUACAGCAACUCCACCACCACGGUCACCAAGUCAUCCACCGUAUCCAGCGCCAAGGCCUCUGGCACCGCCCCGGGCGCUUCCACCACGGUCUGCUCCGGCGCCAGCUGCUCGACGACGACGAAGCCCGUCAUCACCAACAACGCCGUCCAGGCUGGCGUCAGCUUUGCCCUCAUGGCGGUCGGCGCUUUUGCCGUCUUCGUUCUGUAA